AUGAUUGACACGGAACACGUUAAAAGGAAGACUAUUGAAGGCAAUUCUAGACGAUCAGAUACUAAAUUAUAUUAUUUACAAAUACAUGGCAAAAAGGAAAGAGUUUGUUUAAAGACAUUUCUGGCGACCUUAGGCAUAAAAGAGUGGACUAUUCGCUACUGGCUUGGUGAUAAGACCCUUGUGAAUUCGGUUAAUUCGAACCCGGCUCCGAUUUCGCAUAAUUCUAAACGAGAUUCUGUCAAAUGCUAUUUAUCUUUAUUACCCAAAUUACCCUCACAUUAUUGUCGCCAAUCAACCACGAAACAGUAUGUAGAACCGAUAAUACAAUCGAAAGCACAAUUGUACAAGCUAUACGUUGAAUAUUCGUCGUCAGAAGCCAAGCCAGUAGCUUCGAGAAAACUCUUUUUUGACAUAUUAAGUGAGGAAAAUAUAGCUCUUUUUCAGCCAAAAAAAGAUGCCUGUGAUUAUUGUAGUUCGUAUGCAGUGGGUAAUGUUUCCGAAGAAGAUUAUCAGCGUCACGUCGAAUUGAAAAAUUUAGCUCGAGCUGAAAAGACUAAAGAUAAAGAAAUUGCAAAACAAGGGAUUGCUCAUACUAUUACUGCAGAUAUGCAAGCCGUGAAAUUAUGUACUACUUUGUCGGCUAGUGCGCUAUAUUUUAAAACCAAAUUGGCAGUGCAUAAUUUCACAGUUUUUAACAUUGGUACUAACGAUGUUACCUGUUAUUGGUUCGACGAGACCGCCUGUGAUCUGAAAGCUACCACAUAUGCGUCGUUCUUUGUAGAUUAUAUAACGAAAUUGUUACAAGAUAAUCUUAAGGAUGUAAUUAUAUGGACGGAUGGUUGUACUGCGCAGAAUAGGAACAGUAUUGUUUCUAACGCUCUCCUGAGAUUAGCGAUGGAUAAGAAAGUUACCAUUACACAGAAGUAUCUGGAGAAGGGCCACACCCAAAUGGAGGUGGAUUCGGUGCAUUCACUUAUUGAGAGAAAACUCAAAAAUGUCGAGAUUUUCCUGCCAUCGCAAUAUGCAACUAUUACCAAAGUUGCUCGAAAGAAUCCUUUUCCUUACAAAGUCGAACAACCCGAUCAUACCUUCUUCAAAGACUACAAUUUAGCUGAGGUGUGA